UCGUCGGUGCUGCAGCGGAGGAGAGUUCGAGUCUCUCACCGGACACGCUUCCAUCGGUGCUGCUGCCUUGCUCACCGGAGAACUCGGUUGCCAUGGCCUCCUACACGUGCAUCAGCUGCCGAGUGGCUUUUUCAGACGGCGAAGUGCAGCGAGCGCACUACAAAACCGACUGGCAUCGCUACAACCUCAAGCGCAAGGUGGCCGACAUGCCGCCCGUCACUGCUGAGAACUUCCAGGAGCGCGUCCUGGCGCAGAGGGCCGCGGCCGAGAAACAUCUGCAGGAGGCGUCGAGCACAGAGGGCUGUGCCGUCUGCAACAAGAAGUUCUCCAGCGCCAACGCCUACCAGAACCACCUGCAGUCCCACAAGCACCAGCAGGCCGAGAAGCAGGCGCUGCUCGCCGCCCAGAAGGAAGUGGAGAGGAUGAACGAGAAGAACCUGGAGAAGGGACUUGGAGACGAGAAGGUGGAUCAAGAUGCCAGGAACGAGGCCCUGCAGCAAGCCCUGAAAGAGCAGCAGAGGUCGAGCCUGGCCAAGCAGGGGAAGGCCCAGGCGUCUCAAGGAGGGACGAAGGAGAGGACGGAGAGGCCGGACAAACCCCCCCGCAUGAUGUGGCUGGAGGAGCAAGCCAAGAGGCAAGAGAAAGAAGAGGGAGCCACAGCUGAGGGAGAAGAGUGGGAGGACAUUGACCAGGAGGACGAGGAGGAGGAGGAGGAGGAGGAUAUGAUGGAGGACUUUGAAGAGGAAUCGAUGGAUCAGGAGGAAGAAGACUCUGCGGCUCUGUCUGACCCCCCCCCAGCUGCUUUGCCAGGCUCCAUCCCCGUCACCGACUGCCUGUUCUGCUCCCAUCACUCAAAGUCACUCUUGAAAAACGUCGCUCACAUGACCAAAGUCCACAGCUUCUUCAUCCCCGAUGUGGAGUUCCUGGUCGACCUCGGGGGCCUGAUCCGGUACCUCGGAGAAAAGAUUGGUGCCGGGAACGUGUGUCUGUGGUGUAACGAGAAGGGGCGUUCGUUUUAUUCGGCAGAAGCAGUGCAGAGUCACAUGACAGACAAAAGCCACUGUAAGCUCUUCACUGAUGGCGACGCUGCUCUGGAGUUUGCUGACUUCUAUGACUUCAGGAGCAGCUACCCUGACAGCAAGGAGGGAGAGGAAUCAGAGGUGACCGAAGAUCUGCCUGACGACAAAGACCUGGAGUACGACGACGAGUUGCUGGAGCUGACUCUGCCGUCAGGUGCCAAAAUCGGCCACCGCUCCCUCAUGAGGUAUUACAAACAGCGAUUUGGAUAUCAGCGAGCGGUGGUGCUCAGCCACAACAAGAACGCUGUGGGCCGAGUCCUCCGGCAGUACAAAGCUCUGGGCUGGGGAGGAGAAGGAGGCAACAGCUCGUUCCAUCGGAACCAGAGAGACAUGAAGUACGUACAGCUGAUGAAGUCAAAGUGGAUGCUGAAGAUGGGCACGAACAACAACUCCACCACGAUGAAGCACUUCAGAAUCCAAAUCAUGUUCUAAACUGUCUGUGGGGAAGCCGGACGUGGUGUGAGACCGUGGUUCGGUCACAUCUUUGCUAUUUUCCAGGCAACAAGACUGAGUGCAGAAUGGAACUCAGCUGCGAACGCUGUGGUUCCUCACACCGGGGCAGAAAGAACCAUCACACUCUCAGAUCAGCCCAAAUCUGUCACGGUCUAAUGUGUUCUGUUGAUUUGAUUGUGUUCUAUCACUGAGUGGAAAGUGUAGGUCCACGGGAAAUCUGCUUGAAAUGAACUUGUGAUUGGACGACAAGGGAAAAGAUCUCAACUUAACUAAGCAGCCAUUUGUGUCAGAAAUUAUUAAGAAUCUAUAUGUACAACUGCUGCAGUUUGUCUAUAUCAAGGAGUUCGAUAUAUCAAGAAGUUCGCCCAAUAACUGAUUAACUCUUUAUGAUUCAGUAAGCUCAAAUAAUGCAUCCAACUAAAUACAUGUUUCAUAUUUAUUGGAUACAGUAGUCUUCUGAAAUGGGAAUUAUUUAGCUCUGUUUUUUACGUUUUGUUUGCCGGUGCAGGAACCAUUAAGAAAUAAAACUUAGCAGCUAUGAA